AUGCAAAGACAGAGAGCAAAUGACACUGUUACAACAUUUCGCUACAAUACUCGAUCUUCGAGCCGCCAUGGAAUCUCUAACACUCUCAGAGUCGUGGAAUCAAAAACAUCGGCGUCGUCACCUAGGGUUAGGAGAUGGAGGAAGAAGGUUUCAGAUGACCGGAGGAGCACAAACUCAGAUCUGCUUCCGAUGGAUCUGAUAAAGGAGAUUCUUAAACGCUUACCGGCCAAAACCCUAGCGAGGUUCCUCUGCGUAUCGAAGCUCUGGUCAUCAAUCAUCCGCAGCCGAGAUCUCAUGAAACUGUUCCUCACCGAGUCUUCCGCUCGACCAGGUCGUCUCUUUUUCACCUUCAGACGUAAAGAUGAUUGCUUCUUAUUCUCGUCUGAAGAAUCCUCUGUAGCUACUUACCUUUUCACGAUUCCUGCAUCUGGAUACACAAACAAUUGUUCCUUUGUUCACGGUUUGAUUUGCUAUGGAACUACUGCUUAUGCUUCUCAACUUGUGGUAUACAAUUCCAGCACCAGAAGAUCCAUCACAUUGCCCGAAAUCGAAGCCCGGAGUUUUGUCCUGAAACACUUGUUGGGCUAUGAUCCCAUUGAUGGGGUUUACAAAGUCUUGUGUAUGACAGUGCCAAGGCUUGUUUUACAGAAGAAGAAGAAGCUACGGAAUAACGUCACUGAUGCUGGGGAGCUUAUUUUGGCACCGAUUUCUUUGCCUGAUCCACCAUAUUAUGUUAUCUAUUAUGAUCCGCAAAGACAGUCUACGAGAAAAGUUGUGAUACGAGGAAUCACAGAGCAUAACUGUAAGCUGUUACGUUGCAAGAAACGACAUCCUUGUAUUCUAUACUAUGUAUUUUCUAGUCAGGUUGAGAGUCUUAUGUUUAUGUAA